GAAAUCCACAUUACGAUUGCAUCAUUGGUUUUGUGUGACCUCGACUUCUGGGUUCUUCGUGAGCCAUACCUACUGCGCGAACCGCAACAACUCAAUACAACGAACGAUCCUCGCCAUCGUGGAUCAUGGCGCCGACUGUUGACAGAGAGUCAGUACCAGGAACUGUUACUCUGGUAGAUAUAGAACAUGUUUUAGCCGCGCGUCAUCUAGACAGGGGAGACCAGGAUAUCCUUCUUGUCCCUACCCCAUCCGACGAUCCAGAUGAUCCCUUGAACUGGUCGCCAAGACGGAAGCUGCUAUCCACGAUAUGUGUGAGCGUAUACACUCUAUUCACUGGAAUCUCCGGUUCAGUCGUAUACUCUGUCCUUGUUCCGUUGUCGGAGGCAUCAGGAGUGCCCGUCGAUACUCUCAACCAGGGUACCGGAUACAUGUUCCUCUUAGCAGGAUGGGGUCUUCUGUUCUGGCAGCCUUUUGCACUUCACUAUGGCAAGCGUUUGACAUAUAUUGUCUCAAUGUUGGGUUGUCUGGCCAUGACAAUGUGGGGUCCUUACGCGCACAAAAAUGGCCAAUGGAUUGCGCGAAGUAUCAUACUGGGAUUUUUCGAGGCACCAACCGAGGCUCUCCCUGAAGUUAGCGUCACGGAUGUGUAUUUCACGCAUGAGCGUGGUACAUACAUGGGCCUCUACGCUCUGUUUCUAGCGGGAAGCAAUUAUUUCGCGCCUGUGAUUUGCGGUUUCAUCGCCCAAUACCAGGGUUGGCAAUGGGUAUUCUAUUGGCCAAGCAUAUUCAUUGGAUUUGCAGUGGUCUUCUUAUUCUUCUUUAUGGAAGAAACGAACUAUGUGCGGACAUCCGCCCGUGUUGUGGAGAAUGGCGAGCGGGAUGAAUCACCACCUCGUUCGGAGGAAGACCAGGAGAAAACACCAAAGCCAACAGACAGGCAAGAGCCCGCUGAUCUUGAUGCGGGAGUAGUAUACAAGAAGAAAACUUACGUCCAGAAGUUAGCACUCAUCAAUACCAAUAGAGGAAAGAACAACAUGUUUCAUAGGGUGUACCAGACCUUGUACUUCCUCGGUUGGCCUGUGAUAUUCUACGCCGGUUUCUCGUAUGGUUCGUACUUGAUUUGGUUCAAUGUACUCAAUGGUACCGCAUCUAUAGUUUUAGGCUCGGCACCAUAUAACUUCAGUUCAGCAAUGGUGGGACUGAGCUAUGUAGCAUGUUGUCUAGGAACCAUUGCAGCUUCGCUUUUUACCGGCCGCUUCAGUGACUGGCUUACAAUCAAGCUAGCAAGACGCAACAAGGGUAUCAUGGAAGCCGAGCAGCGCCUCUGGCCCUUCGCAGCAUGCAUCAUUGUUGUUCCUGCAUCCUUGAUUUUGUGGGGCGUUGGUGCUGCCCAUAAUAUCCACUGGUUCGGGCUGCUGGUCGCCAUGUGCACGCUAGCAUUUUGCAACACUUGCGGAAUAACCUUGAGCGUAAACUAUCUCGUUGACAGUUACAGAGAGCUAAGCGGAGAUGCGGUGGUCACUGUAAUCCUGGUCCGAAAUACAAUGUCUUUUGCGAUUGGCUACGGAAUCACACCAUGGGUCGAGAACCUAGGAUACCAGAACUGUUUCAUUUCAGCUGCCUUUAUUGGAAUGGCAUGUGCGGCUGUGUUCCUCAUCAUGAUCAAAUGGGGCAAGACGUUCAGAGAGCGUAGUCGAGAGAAAUAUUGGGAUCUAGUAGUCCAGAACUGGGCGAGGGGAAUGGGCCAUUAGAUCUUGCAUCCAAUAGUUUCAUCCCAACUCCCUUUACAACAACUAGCGGGUGGAUUCUGUAUAUCGUCGCAAGAUCAAUUGUGAU